UUGCGGAACCAUUGUCAUUUUGAAUCCCCCAGGCCAGCUAUCGAGUUAACUUGGCGGCGUUAGUUUCGAAACAGUAAAACGAGUUCACUCAUGACAUUUAAGUUUGUUUGUUAGAUGUCAGGGCUACAAGAAUAAGCGCAACGAUGUAGUAAUUUUAAAGUGAGACCAAAAUCACGAAAGAUUUCAGACUUAAUCCAGCUCGUUUACUAUGAGCUCAAUAGCAGCUCAGCCACUGGCGUCAAGCUCAUCAUGCAGAACACUACCAGGAGAGGGAAAUCAGGUGCAACCCAGAGCACCUCUCCUGCAGAUUCUGCGUGUUGCUGGAGCCCAGGAAGACGUAUUCACUCUUAAAGAGGUGAUGCAUUACUUGGGACAGUACAUCAUGGGGAAGCAACUGUAUGACAAACAGAGGCAGCACAUUGUCCACUGUCAAGAUGACCCACUAGGAGAGCUGCUGGAAGUGGAGAGCUUUUCUGUCAAAAACCCAAGCCCAGUGUACGAAAUGCUGAAGAAGUACUUGGUGGUGCUUGAAUGUGCUGACGCUGCAGAGAAUCUUUCUGUGGGCCAUGAGUGUGUAGAGGGCGGAGAGGAGGAUCGUGGUCAGGCAUGUGGAGGUGUGGCCAAAGCAGGACUCGAGGCUGGCACUGAUGGGCCCCUCCUCCUGCAGACCCCCUCCCAGAGACGACCCCGGGACUCAGACGAAGAUUCUCUCGAAGGUCUGCCACGGUCAGCGUGUAAACGGCCCAAGCUUGAUGUUACUCUGGAUGAGUGGGACCUCUCUGGUCUGCCCUGGUGGUUUCUGGGCAAUCUCCGUAGUAACUACAGCCGCAAGAGCAAUGGGUCCACAGAUAUCCAUACUAACCAACUGUCUCCUGCACAGGAGGAGGACACAGCCAUCGUGUCAGACACCACCGAUGACCUAUGGUUCCUGACAGAGGGGGAGAGUGAACAGGUGAGUGUGGAGAUGAAGGAGGCCGUGCUGGAAGAAGGAAGCAGAGGAGAAGGAGAGGCUCUGCCUGAGGACGAAGAACCAGGAGGGAAAGAGGAGAGAGCAGAUGGGGAGAUGCAGGAAGAGCCAGAUGAGGAGUCCCAGUGUCUGAGCGAUGACACUGAUAUAGAGAUCUCCAUGCAGGAUGCAUGGCAAUGCACCGAGUGCAGGAAGUUCAACAUUCCUCUCAGAAGGUACUGUGUUCGCUGCUGGGCCCUAAGGAAGAACUGGUAUAAAGAUGUCCCCCGACUCGCCCAUUCCCUCUCUGACCCUGACAUUCCAGCGUGCAGUUCUCUUGCACCCACGUCCACCCAUGAUGAAGAAGAUGACAGUGACACAGGCAUCGACGUUCCAGAUUGCAGCAGGACAAUUUCUGACCCUGUGAUCCCGUCGAGCUACUACUCCACGUCUGAUCAGCCGCCGCCCACAGUGGUCGCAGAGAAGAGUAAGGUGCCUCGGCUGUGCAGCUUGCCCAAGGUGGAGCAGCUGUCGGAGGGGGACAGCCAGGAGAGUUUAGGAAUGGAGGUUGAAAUUCGGCCUAAGGUCAUAAUGGAACCGUGUAGGCUGUGUCGGGUGCGCCCUCGUAAUGGAAAUAUAAUACACGGACGUACGGCUCAUCUCCUCACCUGCUUCCCCUGUGCCAGGAGGUUACACAAGUUCCAGGCUCCUUGUCCCGGCUGUGGAAAGAUCAUCCAAAAAGUUAUCAAGACUUUUGUCAUAUAAAAAUGCUAAACGGCUGAGCUCCUUUCCUGGGGAGCCAAUCAAUGGUUUAAGCAAAUGCAUUUACACGCAAAGUAAGAUAGCUCAACAAACCAAUAUCAACACAAACCCACACAUACCCAUACUGAUGCACUUGGUUGAGUUUGCCUUUGGUUGUAUGGUUUAUUUUUGCAUCACACGGCCUCUGAAACAUCGAGAGAGAAGUACGUCGAGAGAGAAAUACAAGGUCAGUUAUUUAUUUUAUUUAUUGGCGGGACAUAUGUGAUUGUAUAGUACAUUGGAGCUGUUGUUUGAAUUUAAAGUUUUCAGUGUCAUGAAGGCUUUUAUUUCCUUGUUCGAGGCUAAAUUGAGAUUUUCCCCACAACCACAAGGUUGUCUAAGUAAAUGUGGCUUUGUUUCACAAUGUGAAGUGGUGCCAAACUAUAGUUCAGUGUUGUUUGAAUCCUCACCCCCAGUGUGAGCACACACACACACACACUCACUCUCUCUCUCUCUCUCUUGGUUCAGAAGGUGCAAAUUGUGAGAAAUACCUGCAGGUUAUGGAACACUUAGUUUCUUGUGUUUAUUUUUUCCCUCCUCGACCCUUGGAAGUUUUGUGGCUUAGUCUGUUUGUAAAGGCGAGAUUAACUUGACGCUCUUCCUUCAGUUGUUUUGGAUUUUGAAGGCUAUAGUCCUUUCAAUGAAUCCUGCAUUACUGAGGUGUUACCUUUUCUUGUUUUGCUCCGUCAGUGAACGUACCAUACAAUGCAAACGUGGAUAUGGUCGUUUCUCUUGGAAAAAUACUUUUAAGGUAAUUAGCAUCAAUGUUUAUCUGCAGAGAAAGGUAAUUCACUGUAAUCUGUUCUAAAGGAAGCUUCUCUUGUUGUUCAUUCAAUAUUUACAAUCUCCAAGCUGCUGAUGGAAGUUUUGCCUGCAUUAAUUUGCCCCAUAUAAUCUUCAGUCAACAUCUGAAUUUUCUUUGAGAAGAAGUGUUGGGCCUGAUGAAGUUGUAAGUUAAUCUAUAUAUUUUAUAUUUAAAUUAUUUAUGAUUGUGUUUGAUUGUUCAAUGAUCACUUCUCAAUAAACCAGGAAGAAAAGGAAAAAAAAGCAAGCCCACAGGUGAUUUGACUACAUUUGUUCAUUGGGGCAAAUCGAACGAGUAGUUAGGGGGGUAAAAAGUACAACGAAAGACAAAGGUUUAUUCUGCUUACAUACUGUUCAGUACUUUAUAGGGGAAAUGUUUAACUGAAGCGUCACACUGCCAUGUGAUUUUGAUUUUUGUGUGUUUUCAUUGUUUUAUGGACAUUUGUUGGUGGCUCUGAAUUAUUUGAAGAAUACUAGGUCGGACAGUUCCAAGAGAAGUGUGUCCGUUCUGCCGGUGAGAAAAGUGCGGCUUGUCUUAGGAUACUCUCCGCAUUUCACCUGCGUAAAAUGUACAGAGACAUUUGGCUCUUCGUUGAUUCUGACGUAAGCUUUAAGCUGUAGGGAGCAACUCGUUUGUGCUGUGGUCGGCUCUUGGCCUUGCGUUUAGCCUCUCCGCCAGCAGGGGGCGAGAAUCCUCGGUCUAAAAUCUGCUACUGGUACAAUGUCAGAACACGUACACGUAAUUUCCACAUAGCAUGCCUCCUAGUGUGACUAAACCCAUCACUAGGGUAGAGUGAGAGCUAUAUUAGCUUAGAAAAGACUUAAUGUAGCCUAUGUAUCGCUGUCCUUGUUUAAAAACAACCGUAAGAUACUGAAUGUUAACCCAUGUUAUGCCAAUGGUAUUCUGUGCAAUUUACCUGUUUACCGAUUCAAACCAAUUAAAUUUCAGUAGUUAUGAAUAUAGCCAGUAAGUGUGGUACAAUGGAUAUGUAUAUUUUGUUCCAUUAUUUUUUUUCUUCAAAAAAAAAGGAAUGUUGUGAUGACCUCUGAUGUGCCACUGUUACAUUUUUGUAAAGCAAUAAAGGAUUA